AUGGAGAUGGCGGCCGGCGUCGCGAGCUGGCUCGUCGGCAAGCUGCUGGAUAAGCUGUCCAAUGACUUGGUGGCUGCGUAUGUGUCCAGCAAAGAGCUUGGCCUCAACUCCGAGCAAAUCAAAGAAGACUUGUUGUACAUGCAAGCACUCCUACAUGCGGCCCAGGGGAGGGACGACAACAACCCUGGGCUCAAGGGGCUGCUGCAACAGCUUGCCAGGAAGGCCGAGGAGGCCGAGGAUGCCCUGGACGAGCUCCACUACUUCAUGAUCCAGGACAAGCUCGACAACACGCACCAUGUGGCGCCACUUUUGGCAGGUGACAUCGAAGAAAAGGUUCAACAUGGUCGUAAGGAUGUUCGCCAUACUUUCGGUAACUGGCUUUCAAACCUCUCUUGUUCAUCUAGAAAAGAUGAUGUUUGUGUUGCUGCUACUGCUGUUGCUGAUAACCCACAAAGCAGUGCCAAGUUUGAUAGUGCUAAUGUUAGUGGGCAUGAAGAUCACUUGGAAUUUGAUACAAUGGUCAUGUCCAACAAAAUCAAGUCAGUGAUUGAGGUCAUACACUCCAAGUGCCUUCAUGUCUCGGAUUUGCUCAAAAUUCCAAACGAUAGCAGCACAGAAGGCACAUUAGUCACCAUAGAACGGCCUAUCAUGGGAUCAACAACUGAACAAAAUAAGUUGUAUGGAAGGAGUAUCAUUUUUGAGCAAACUAUAAAAGAUAUCACUGGUGGUGCAUAUUAUAGUGAACCUCUUUAUGUUCUUCCUAUAGUUGGUCCAGGGGGUAUUGGAAAGACAACUUUCACACAACACUUGUAUAAUGAUAGAAGAACUCAAGAACACUUCUAUGUUAGGGUUUGGGUCCGUGUUUCAACUGAUUUUGAUGUGCUUAAGCUUACACAACAGAUCAAUAACUGCAUUCCCGCAAGUAAAUCUGAGUACUAUCGGGACAGGUACACUGAUAGUGGUACAACCAAUGCCAAUUUAGAUCAGCUUCAAAUGUCCAUUGCACAUAGAUUGAAGUACAUAAGGUUCUUAAUUGUGUUGGAUGAUAUAUGGAAAUGUGAUAGUGAUUCUGAGUGGAGCAACUUUUUAGUUCCUUUCAUAAAUGGGGGAGUCAAAGGCAGCAUGGUUGUAGUCACAACUCGAUUUCCAAAAAUACAAGAAAGUAUGAAGAAAUCAACUAUUCCAAUAAACCUGCAAGGUUUGGAGCAUGAGGAGUUCAUGGAUUUUUUUCAGACAUGUGUAUUUGGUGAAUAUAAACAUGAUCAGCAAUACAGUGAAUUAAUUGAUAUUGGAAGAAAGAUUGUAGAGAGAUUGAAGUGUUCGCCAUUAGCAGCCAAAACAGUUGCUCGGUUACUAAAGAAAAACCUUUCUCGGGAACAUUGGAGGAAAGUUCUUGAAAAUAAUGAGUGGAAUAAUCAAAAAAAUAGUGAUGACAUUAUGCCAGCCCUGAAAAUUAGUUAUGAUUACCUUCCUUUCCACCUGAAACAAUGUUUUUCUUAUUUUUCCCUUUUCCCUAAAGAUCAUAGGUUUACAAAUUUAGAAAUUACUCGCUUUUGGACUGCAAUAGGCAUAAUAGACUCCAGCUGCAAAAAUAAUAAUUACUUUGAACAACUAGUAAACAGUGGUUUUCUCAUGAAGGAAAUGGAUGGUCUGGAGGAUCACUAUUAUGUUAUUCAUGAUUUGUUGCAUGACCUAUCUCGGAGUGUAUCAUCACAAGAAUGUGUCAAUAUAAGUAAUGGCAUAAGUUUUAGUGAGGACGACAUCCCACAGUCAAUAAAACACUUGUCCAUCACAAUGGGAGAUGCAUAUGAUGCAAAUUUUAGGAGAGAAAUGGAUAAACUGAAGAACAGGAUAAAUAUUAGAAAUUUGUGGACUUUAAUGAUUUUCAGAGAAUAUGAAGAACAUAUCACUGAGAUUUUAAUGGAUACGUUCAAGGAAAUAGAGGGUCUCCGUGUCCUUUUUAUAGUAAUGAACUCUAAAAAUUCCUUGCCAAAAAACUUCUCAAAACUUCUCCACCUACGAUAUCUAAGAAUUAGAUCGCCCAAACAUUUAGAAGUGACUUUACCUACUACACUACCAAGAUUUUAUCACUUGCUAUUCCUAGACCUACAAGAUUGGCAUGGUAGUUCUAGUUUGCCUAAGUACAUUAGCCGCCUUGUUAAUUUAUGCCAUUUCAUUGCUAACAAUGAACUCCACUCCAAUGUUCCCGAGGUUGGGAAGAUAGAACAUCUAGAGGAGCUAAAAGAAUUCCAUGUUAAGAAAAAGAGUGUUGGUUUUGAACUGGAAGAGUUGGGGAAAUUGACAGAUCUUGGAGGAGAACUCUGUUUGCAUAAUGUGGAAAAGGUUACUACCAAGGAAGAAGCCAGUAAAGCCAACUUGGUUUUGAAAAAGAAUCUGAAAAAAUUGACACUAGUUUGCAGAAGAGGGCAACUGAUUGCAACUGAUGUUGUUGAUGGCCUCCAGCCACAUGAUAAUCUCAAAGAACUUGUCAUUAAAGGUGAUUAUGCAUUUCCUAGAUGGUUGUGUCGUGACAUAACCACUAAGCAUUUGGAGUCUCUCACUCUAGAUGGUGUGUGUUGGGGCAAUCUUCCACCUUUUGGGCAUCUAUCAUAUCUCAAGAUACUACGGUUGAAGAAUAUUACUGGCAUGUGUCUUAUUGGGCCCGACCUUAGUUUCAUGCACCUGAAAAAAGUUGAGUUUAGUAACAUGCCAGAUCUUGAAGAGUGGGUCAUGGGACCUAACUGCCAUCAGUUUCCGAAGCUUGAAAGCAUCAAGUGCAGUGAGUGUCCUAGUUUCCGUACACUGCCUUUUUUGUCGAAGCACCUUCUCCAAGACACACACUAUCCCAACCUGUCUGAAUUUAUUAUUUAUGAAUGCCGUAAGUUGUCCCUUCCACCCAUGCCCCAUACUUCCGCACUAACACAUUUUGAAGUGGGUUAUAGGCUUAAGGCCGCCAGGCCAAGGUCAGUGAGGCGAGUUUGGUCUGUGCGUUUCACAAAAAAUAGAUUGGUUUUGUCAGGCUAUGAACAUGCAUUAGCCUUCCACAAUAUGGGGAAACUAGAGAGUGUCACAUUUACAAAUGGAUCAAAAAUCCCAUGGACAGACCUCCAAAGGCUAACCUGUCUAAGGAACCUUUUGAUUGAACGAGAUUCAAGCAUGUGGUCAAGCCAGUCAAUGGCUCUCCUCUCAACGCUCACGUCUCUCACCAGUAUAGCACUGCUGGGUUGCCACAAGUUUACAGUGGAUGGGUUCAAUCCUCUCAUCACAGUCAACCUCAAGGAAUUGACGAUCUAUAACUAUCAUUCUGAUUCUAUAGCAGCGGAUCUGUUUUCAGAGGUGGCAAGGAUCAAAUUGCCACCGGGCUCCUUCCACCAAUUGACAACACUCUCUGUGGAUAGCAUCUCAGCGGUGCUUGUUUCUCCCAUCUGCAGCCUUAUCGCUGCUACCCUCCACACGUUACAUUUUUGCUAUGAUGAUCAUGUGGAAAGCUUGACGGAAGAGGAAAAUAAGGCGUUCCAGCUCCUCGCCUCUCUCCAAUCACUAAAAUUUCUUAGCUGCUCGGGUCUGUUGUCUCUCCCUCAAGGGUUACACAGUCUUUCUUCACUCAGGACACUAGAAAUCCACCGUUGCCCUAAAGUCCGAUUGCUUUCGCUUCCCAAGGGAGGCCUCCCCACUUCACUGCAACUGCUGCGUGCAGAGCAUUGCAGUGCCGAGCUACAAGAGGGAAUGAAGAUAGUACAAGCAGCAAACCCAGCUUUACGGAUGGUAUACGGAGCAUAGCCCAUGGUGUCUAACUUGUCCGCACAGACCCAUCGAUCUAUACUCUCAUUUCGAACUGCAAUAUAUGUAUAUAGGCUAUGAAUCCUGGAUACAUCAUGUGGCAUGUACAUGCUUUCAGCCUGGCCAUCUCCAGGUUAGUACAUGAUUUAUGUGAUCUUGUUCGACCAGGUUAUAAUUAAGCUGUGCUCCACUUUGGCUAUCUAUAAUUCUAUAUAUAAAUUUCGAUUGCUUCCUUUACAUGGCAUGCGUGCAUCAUUCUAUUUUUUCUGCAUUUUACAUGUGGCAGAUA